AUGGCCGACUUCCUCACGGCAGUCAAGACGACUGUCGCAAACAGUAGUGAGGAGCUGCAACCCUCGCUGAAAGAUGUCUCCACUCGACCGGAUCAGAAAAAAGCCAAGCCAGAAGUGGUAGUCCAGCCAGCAGAGGAUGAUGGACGCAGUGCCGGUAGCGAACCUCAAACAGAGGCGGAUGUCUUCGACUUUCCUGUAUCUCCAGAACAAGCUCUCCAGAUCUUGAGGAGCGAGCCCAAUUUGCCGGCCGUUCGGAGUAUACUGGAGCAACUUCGCUCUGGUCAAGGACUUUCGUCUAAUUUCAGUAUUGAUGCUGUAGGGCCACAGCAAGCCCAACUGAUCAAUGCUAUCGUCAACACCAUAAUACCAAACUUCUGGUCAGCUCUUGAUAAGAGAGACCGAAAGCUGCUUACAUCAUGCCUGACCAACGUGGCGGGAGGGAAUGCGAUUACAGCCAGGAUCCGAGCAGUGGCAGAUGUCCUUUUGGACACUACGUUGUCCACGUCUGGGGCUAGUGAGCUGCAAGACUUACUGGGAGUGAUGCUUCAGCUGCUCACUGGUGAGGCAUUUGUUAGUCAUGUUUGGCAGGGGCUAGUGAAAGCUGUUCCCGACCAGACCAAGCGAUCGAUGUCGUGGAAAGAAUUUAUAAAUCUGAUCGGCAGUGGCAAGGUAGUCGCUACAAUCGCACGCGCGGAAGACAUCCUGAGCGAUGUUUCGGAUGUUCACGUGAAGCGAUCUUGGAUCUCUAACGCGUCCGAGUAUACGAAUUGGCUUGGACGAAGCAUCACGGAGAUGGUUGCCGUUGAAGCGGAAGGAUCUGAUGAGCAGGCCAAUUCUCAAGCAGCAGCCCAAUUGCUGACGAAGGCAUUUGGCUUGGGUUACCCUGUGCCUCUGGUCAAAGCGAUUCUCUCGUAUACCGCAACCUUUGCACGAUCUUCUUCGGAUGCGACACACGGGUUUCCGCAAAUCAUAAGGAGAUUACCAAGUUUCACGAAACGUCAAUUCUUGGAGAGCACUUUACAAUGGUUGUCACAGCUGCGUUCAUCGGUACCAUCAGGCGAUGGUGACCAUAUGACUGGAAGUGCCAAAGUCGUGCCUAGUUUGGCGGCAUGUAUAGAUCUGCUCGUGCAUGAGGAGAAUGCAAGCCGCGAACAGUUGCUGUCGUUUUCUGCCGACCCGACAUUGCUGAGCACAACAUCAGUGCCAGUGCGCCGAGCCAUGGUCGCAGUAAUAGCUGAAGCGCUUCCUGAUGAACUGCCAAACGUGUUGGAAAGGUUGAUCACGACGUUUGGGGACCGACUCUUCAUCAACCACGCUCCGAUCAUCCACCAGGAGGUCAUUGCACAACUGUUGCUCCUCGUAGCUGGAUAUUUGCAUCGUCAAAGCCCAAUAGCUGUUCUGAUGACUACACGUUCCUCUGGGCACAUGUCUGGAACCAGUAACAGAUUGCACAGCAGCAACUCUCGUGCCAGAUGGCUCGGCAUGGUUGUAGCUACAACGAUAUCCAGCCUUGUUGACAAGGAGGAUGCGAGAAUGAACUUCGAGACUGCGGAAAUGCAGACGGAGGAUGCGAAAUGGUACCAGCGGCUCAUCAAGUCAGACGACAAGCUUGGGACACUACGAGACUUUGAUUCUUUUCUGACGUCUCGAUCGGCCAUGACCUACCAAGGACGAAAGCCGGCUAGGAGCAAAGAACUACCCAUCAUCAAUGGAAAGCAAUCCUUUGGGCCUCCCAGGCCGCCAGUGCAGACUGAAGUUAUUGGCGAGAAGGUCACAGAACUAUCGGAUGACGAGGGCGAAGAAGAUGAUGAGUUGAAGCCAUACGCGAAACCCGACAGCGAUCCUGAAGACAGCGACGAAGACGCGACGCUGGUCAACCGCGAAAAGGUUCGGCCGCCCGUGUACAUCCGAGAUCUGAUGCGUAUGUUGCGUGAGGAUAAGAAGCAUGGUAAAUUCCAGGUUGCAAUAAAGCACGCAGCUUCGUUGAUCAGAAAGAAGUCCAAUUUUGGCAGAGAAGUGACCGACCAUGCAGAGGAGCUCGGGCUGCUUCUCUGUGAUCUACAGGAUCCCUUUGAUACGGAAGACUUUGAUGAGCUAAAACUGCAAGCGCUGAUGGCAGUGCUUCAUAGCGACGUGGGCAAAAUAGCACCAUGGCUAAGUCGACAGGCUUUCAGCGGCGAUUACUCGCUCUCCCAACGCUGCAUUAUGCUGUCAGCUCUUGGCCUCGGAGGCAGAGAGUUAGCUGGGCUGAGAGAUCAGGAUGAUCUGAAUCCAGUGCUCCCAAAUACCUCAUUUCCCAGCAAGAAGCUUCCUGCUCGGCUUCACGCUAUGUACGACUCUACCUCUCCACCUGUGAAGCGCCUAGAAUCAGCCAGCAGUAGCGUGGAGGAUGCCAUCAUGAAACCUCUCGCUCUAUCAGCCGCAGACCAAACAACUUCACACCUCAACGCGGUCAAGAUCAAAAAAUUUUCCAGCCGCAUGGACGUUGAACGAACGAAACGUAGACCAGCAGCAAACCAGCUUGCCAAGAUAUUCGCAACGCACUUCUUCAACCCCCUAGUCACUCGCUAUCAGCAAGAGAUUGCUUCAUAUGGGCAACGCAGCGUCUUCGCGUCUGCCGCCAUCGUGCAAGUCACCUUUGUCAAGACACUGGCUCUGCUCCUGCAUGCCGCGGGUCCUGCUACGAUGGGCCUCCCGGACGUGACAACUGCGUUCUGGGAGCUGCUGUUGAAUCUCCGUGUGGCUUCAGCGAACGACAUAUCCAUUCUAGAGUCGGUGCUCUUUGCAUUACUCACGUUGCUUGAAGUGAACUGUGAGUGGGGAAAUCGUGCACGGCUAGCGCAGGAAGAACCGAAGAGAUUAGCGGAAACUCAAAGCUGGGUUGAAGUUGUCUUUGAGCGGACAGGUAGUGGAGGGUUGGUCACCGAGGCGGGUGGCGAGGAGGGCAAAGUCCGAAUGCUGGCUGCUGGAGUGCUUGUUAAGUGCCGAGAAGUCAUUGAGGCAUAUCAGAAAGGAAUUAUGGGCGGGCUGCAGUCUGGGUGACCUUGACCAGGACUGAGGUGCCUAUGCUUUGGCUACUGGACGUAUUGUCUCUCCCUCCACUGCUCAUAUCACGGGCUCGAUACAGGGUCGAUGGCAGUCCUGGUCUCUGGUAUAUGCACGUUUUGGUCCUGAACGGCUUUGGUUCUACUGAACGUUCAGUACGUCAUUGGCAGUAUUCCUUGGCACUGAUCCAACGUUCAUCGCUCGAGCCAAGGUAGCUCUAUCGCUGUGUCAACAGGAGGGAACAGAACCAGCUUCGUGUUCAUCUCAUCAGGACUACUGCUUGGAGACCGUGUCGUACUUGACACUUGUGCACGUGACGUCGUCGUCAAAACUCGCCUCACUUCCAGUAGCUCCUGCAUGCACUGCUGAAUUGUCGGUAGCUCGCUCCUUCGUCCUGCACUGGGUUGCAAACAGAAACGCGUGGCGGGCACUUUUGUGCUCAGCCCGCCAAGCGCAAGCAUACCAAGAGACGAUGGAGAAGCCCGCCCAAACCCUAUCUACGUAGACUCGACGGCUAUGCGCCCCAAGACGCAACGGUCGUACCCUUAUUGGC